AUGUCGUUCUUCAUCGAGAACCCCAACGUGGGUAAUACCAGCCACUUGGAAGAUUCUCGCAUUGCCGGCUACAACCCUCUCACUCCUCCCAAUGUCCUCCAACAUGAGAUUGCCUUGACAGAAAAGUCACGCCAGACUGUCCUUGAAGGACGUCAACAAGCAGUCGCUAUUGUCCAUGGCACCGAGAAGGAGAAGGAGCGUCUAUUGGUAGUCAUUGGACCAUGCUCAAUCCACGAUCCGGACAUGGCGCUGGAAUACUGCGACCGCCUAAUGAAGCUGAAAGAGAAAUACGCGGAUGACCUAUUAAUUGUUAUGCGCUCUUACCUCGAGAAGCCUCGCACCACAGUCGGAUGGAAGGGGUUGAUCAAUGACCCGGAUAUCGAUAACAGCUUCAAGAUCAACAAGGGUCUGCGUACCUCGCGCCAGCUCUUCGUCGAUCUCACAAAUAAGGGCAUGCCCAUUGCUAGUGAGAUGCUUGAUACCAUUUCCCCACAGUUCUUGGCCGAUUGUCUGUCUGUUGGUGCUGUCGGUGCCCGCACAACCGAGUCCCAGGUUCACCGGGAGCUGUCCUCGGGUCUUUCUUUCCCCGUCGGUUUCAAGAACGGUACUGACGGCUCGCUUGAUGUCGCGGUUGAUGCCAUUGGCUCUGUAAAGCACCCACAUCACUUCCUUUCAGUUACUAAGCCCGGUAUUGUCUCCAUCGUCGGUACUGUCGGUAACCCUGACUGCUUCGUGAUUCUGCGUGGCGGCAAGAAGGGACCUAAUUACGAUGCUGCUAGCAUCCAAGAUGCUAAGACUAAGCUCGAGGCUAAGGGUCUGGCACCCCGUCUCAUGGUAGACUGCAGUCACGGAAACUCCGAGAAGAACCACAAGAACCAGCCUAAGGUUGCUGCAGCUCUUAGCGAACAAAUUGCUGCAGGCGAGACUGCUAUUAUGGGUGUCAUGAUUGAGAGUAAUAUCAACGAAGGUAACCAGAAGGUUCCACCUGAGGGCAAGGCUGGUCUGAAGUACGGUGUCAGCAUUACUGACGCCUGUAUUGGCUGGGAAGAUACCGAGACCACCCUGGAAACAUUAGCACAGGCUGUGCGUGUUCGUCGGCAAAAUUUAAAUGGCAACUAA